AUGGACAUGAUGGAGCGUACCCGUCAUAUGCGCAAGAUUGAACAAGGCGUCAACGGCCGCGAGGUUCUGUUCGCUCUCUGGAUUACGGUCUCAGUCCACCAAGAAGCUUGGAUGAACUCUCGUACCAUCCACGGCCACAUUUCUCCUCGUAACGUCUGCAUCCCGUUCAACAACCACAUCAACGAUGCCCUCAACGACGCCCGACUUUACCUCUAUGUCCACCCGGCCUCCGAUGAGCCCAUUGACCCGCGCUUCCAAUCCGUCAUGGCGCUCUCCAAUCCCAUUCUUAGACGCAGGAGCCUCCCACUCGACUAUCUCGACGACCUCGAGUCGUUCUGGUACGUCUUAGCUUGGGUUUACCUCGCAGUCGGCGCUCCUGGUGCAGAGCCGAGUCUGAGGGGCCACAACACAUACGUAAGGCAGAGUGCGCUAGAGCGCUGGGCCAGCCGGCCGACCUCACGGGAGAGCGUGCUGGAGAAGGAGAGCAUGCUCAUGGGGGAGGGACUUAGCCCCAGUGCAACAUCCCACUUCUUCCUGCCGUUCAUAUUCGACCAAGUAUUUGACCGCCUCCACGCGGUUCUCAAGCACCGGUACAUCCUGAAACUCGAGCUUGGGCGGUCGAGGACGCCUAUGGAGCUCAUGACGGACUCGAGGGGGGACUACCACGCAUUUUUGGAGGCUCUGUCGGACGCCAUCGCAUACAUCGACUUUAUGGAUGCCGGAAGGCUCAACGACAUCAACGCCUGGCGCGGAGCACACAUGCUCAUUGGUCAGCGCAUCCUCCCUGACGAAGAGUACGAAGUGGCCUGUAUCAAACCAGUCGACGACGAACCUAUGGACAGAUUCAAGAUGAGCGAAAACAUCUCCUUCCAUCGUUGUAGCCCACAGUGCGAAGAGGACUGCCUCUGCGUCAACAAUUACAUUGCAGAGCAGCUGAAGUUUUUUAAACCGCGACUUUGA